AUGGGUAGUAUACUCGGAAGACGAGGAGGAAUUGGUACUCCAGGAUAUGGUUAUGGUGGAAAUUAUGGCGGUGGUUACGGUGGAGGUCUUGACCCGUUUUAUGGUGGUGGUUAUAGUGGUGGUUAUGGAGGUUAUGACCCAUAUUAUGGUAGUGGAGGUUUAGGUGGUGGAGGUUAUGGUUCUGGCAUUGUGGCUCCUAUUGUCCCUUCUGGUGGAAGACGGAGGAGACGUCGUAGGGGUGGUUGUGGAGGUGGGUGUGGUUGUGGAGGUUGUGGCGGCUAUGGUGGUUAUGGUGGCUACGGAGGUUAUGGCUAUUAUUAA